GUUGCUUCCAUUGCCUCUCACCGAGUAUUGUCCAUUUGCACAUACUCGUACAUACAUACAUAUACAUGUAUCUGACAAUCAACGCCAAGCCCACAAACUGCACUGUAGAUUUCUCAUCUAUUCAGUUUUGAUUAUACCGUCGUCAUGAGUGCAUCAAAUAACGGAAUAAACACGAAACAAACAACCACCGUCAGCACCUCCCUCCCAACCUCAACCGCAAAAGCAGCCACAGCCACAGCCCACUCCAUAACCAAACCCAAGCCCAACAGUGCAUCGCAACCAUGCUCAUACAGCGAAUUACAUGUGCAACAACGGGAUCGUAUAUAUGUGAUCACUUUCAAUCGUCCGACCGUAUGUAAUGCGCUCACACGUCGCGGUUACUACGAGCUGAUACGCGCACUCAACUAUGCCACAUUUGACGAUGCAAUUACAACAGUCGUGCUAACGGGCGCCGACGGUUGUUUCACAUCGGGAAACGAUCUAACACAAUUGAGUCAAUACACCUCACCGCACGCCUUCUUUCGCUCCUCCAACUAUGUGCUGCGCUUUUUAAUUAAAUCAUUCAUCUUUUGUCCCAAAGUACUCGUCGCAUUGGUGGACGGCCCAUGUAUUGGUAUUGGUUUUGUUUUUGCAAUGCUUUGUGAUGUUGUCUACUGCACGGAACGCGCUUACUUUGAGACACCCUUUACGCGACUUGGUCUCUGUCCGGAGGGUUGUGCUACAUAUUUGUUGCCGCAGUUGUUGGGACGUGUUAAGGCCGCUGAGUUGUUAUUAUUUGGUACGCGUUUGAGCGCGGUGGAGGCGUUAAGAUUUAAUUUGGUGGCGCGUAUAGUGCCACAGUCGGAGUUGGAGCGUCAAUUGUGGCCGCAGUUGUUGGCGUAUGCGCGCCUACCGGUUGAGUCACUGCGCGCGACGAAGCGUGUAUUGGCUAAAAUGGAGCGUGAGCAAUUGUUGCACGCAUUGAAGGCCGAGUGUCUGGAGUUGGAGCGGCUUCGUAAGGGCGAGACAUAUCAGCGUGCUAUUCAGGCGUUCGUCGCACGUAAGGACCGAAUGGGAUCCGAUGUAGAGAAUAAAAGUAAAUUGUAAAAUAAACCAUUUUUUAAGCGUAAAAUUUCUGUGUGUUUUAUUGC